UCUAAAGUAAUUGUUGAAAGCGUUUGACUGAUUGACCUUUGACUGUUGACACCACUUUGAAACUGCGUUAGAAAAAAGAGGGAGGGCGGCUAGCCUGAAGGAGACGUCAUGUAAUUACUGAGGGUGUUGACCGCUGACACUGGAACCUAAAUGUGUUCAAGUUGGGUGAUGAUGUGGCAGGUAGGGUGAGGCCCAUAUAGGGGGAAACAGACAACUGCUUGUUGUUCCACUCAAGAAACCCAGGCGGUCGCCACAGACAAAACACAAGUUUGUCUCGUCCGGAACGCAAGAAUGGACAGGCCCAGCCAGUCAGGAAGACCCGUGGAUGUCCUCCAACUGGUCAGUGAAAUUCCGGCCGAAAUUGAGGAGCCUCCCGAACAGUCGGGCGGCUUUUUUGACCGCUUUCUCGCCCCUCCCAAACGUGUGAGGAGGGCCUCCUCUCCGGCCAGGUUGUCAAGUUCAGAAAGGACGGAAAGAAUACUGGAGGCUGACAGUAAGUCCCUGAAGUCUCUGUCAGACUCGUCUCCGCGAGGUUCCAGAACCAGCCUGGUGUCCAGCGAUUCUGUCAACAGUAACCUGAACAAUUAUGGUGCGCCCGAGGACAUGACUGAGGCAGGGGGAGACAGAACUCCCACCGAGGAGGACACAUGGGUCGUCUGGGGAGACAUCGUUAAUGACUGGGAGGAGUUCAACAAGCGUAAACCUAAGUUGAUCAAGAGUCUUGUGAGGAGAGGAAUUCCUCACCACUUCAGGGGCAUCGCCUGGCAGCUGCUGUGUAACGCCCAUCGGUCGCCACUCAAGGAGAAAUACGCAGAGUACCUGAAGGCCACGUCACCCUGCGAGAAGGUCAUCAGGAGAGACAUCGCCCGCACCUAUCCUGAACAUGAGUUCUUCAGAGAAAAGGAUGGACUUGGACAAGAGACACUGUUUAAUGUCAUGAAGGCAUACUCUCUCCAUGACAGGGAGGUUGGGUACUGCCAAGGGAGUGGCUUCAUCGUGGGGCUUUUACUGAUGCAGAUGCCAGAAGAGGAGACGUUCUGUGUGCUGGUGCACCUGAUGCAGGACUAUCGCCUACGGGAGCUCUUCAAACCCAGUAUGGCUGAACUGGGCCUGUGUAUGUUUCAGUUGGAGUGUAUGGUACAGGAGCUGUUACCUGACCUGCACAUCCACUUCCAGACCCAGUGUUUCCACACCUCCAUGUACGCCUCCUCCUGGUUCCUCACACUGUUCGCCACAGUCUUCCCCCUGCAGGUCGCCUGUAGAGUCAUGGACCUCUUCAUGUCGGAGAGUAUGGAGAUCGUUUUCAGGCUGGGGAUCGCACUGCUGCAGGCUAGCAAGUCUGAUCUGAUGCAGCUGGACAUGGAGGGGAUGCUCAAGUACUUCCAGAAGGAGAUUCCUCUCAUGAUGUCAAAGGACCCAGAGGGCAUCUUCAACCUGGCCUAUAAUAUUAAGUACAACCAGAAAAAGAUGAAAAAGUUGGAGAAAGAGUACAUGUCACUUAAGAGCAAAGAAUUAGAAGAACAAAUUGAAAUUAGGAGACUAAGAAAUGAGAACCAACUUCUUCGGCAAAGAAUAGAGAUCCUGGAAAAAGAGAGUGCUGCUUUGGCAGAUAAACUGAUACAGGGACAAGUUGUUCGAGCCCAGGAGCAGGAGGAGAACUUCAUCAUGAUGCGAGAGCUGGCCGCCGUCCGACAGCACAGCUUCGAGACCAUGGCAGCACUGGAGGACGCACGGGAUGUCAUCAAGACACUGACAAGUGAUGGACAGAAGACUGUAGCACGUUCCAGCAGUACCCCAGUACUGGGUAUCUCAGAUCAGGCAGUGGCUGAGCUGCAGCAACAGUUGGCUCAGGCCAAACUACAGGAGGCAGAGGCAAAGGCAGAACUGUCAGACCUGAGGGACAAAUGCCAGGAGUCACUGCACAAAGAGAACCAGACGUCCAAUGUGUGUGUGGAAGCCCUGCAGGAGGAACUGGUCCAGGUGAAGCUGAGAGAGGCGGAGGGGCAGCUGGCACUCAAGGAACUCCGACAGACCGUGGUGGACCUGGAGGAGCACUGGCAGAAACAUCUGGCUAGAACGACAGGUAGUGCAGCAAGGUCAACAAAUAAGAAGGGAGACACCAAGCAGGUGGUGGAGGUACUGCAGGAUGAACUCAUGUCUGUCAAACUGCGGGAAGCUGAUGUUGUAGCAGCACUAAAGGAGUCCAGACUGCGAGUCAUGGAGCUAGAAACUAUGAAUAACUCUUCUACGAGCCAUCUGAAGCGUGCUGAAGACAGUAUAGAACAGCUGACACACAAGCUGGAAGCCUCGGAGAAACACGCAGCACAGCUGCAGUCAGAACUCAACCACUGCAGGAAGCAGCUCAGUGAACUGAAGGCAAAAAGCACAUCUGAGGUGAUGGACAUUCGUCUGAGAGAGGCUGAUAAAAUGGCCACCAUAGCGGAGCUGCGGCAGCGUGUGGCCGACCUGGAAAUACAGCGUCAAGAACACCUGACAGCUAACCAGCUGGGACAGGACAACAGGCCUGUGUCUGCACUGAACAUACAGUCCAAGAUUGACAAGAUGGAAAAGGAGGUGAAGCGGUUGCGGUCCAUCGCCAAGUUGCUGAUCCCUGGUAGCAGGUCAGCGGGAGACGGGGGUACAGACUCCCCGCCGGGAGAGGUGUACAUCACCAUGGAGCUGGAGCCGGAGGACGUCAUCAUUCUGGAUGACGACAGCGACACAGACAAUACCCAUCCGGGCACCGCUACACCCACGCACACUAACCCAGGCACUGCUACACCCACGCACACACACACGGGCACCGCUACACCCACGCACACACACACACACGGCGACCCACGGCCAACCAAGGACUUCAUCCAGGAAACCAACACAGAGAACUGUAACAGUGAAACUGUAACAAAUCAGACAAACCCCCAGCAAUCUACAACAUUGAACGAGAACCAACAACAAGACAGCACGACUAAAGCCAUGGACAUUGUGGACUCCAAUAGUAACAUGGUGGAUACUAAUGACAGUAGGUAACAGUAAGUUAUGUGGUGCUAUGCAGUGUUCUAGCCAGCAUCCGUCUUUCUGUCAUUUGACAGAAGUUGGCUGCUCGUGACGGACAAAAAAUUUGCUGAAACCAUCCUCUUUGAUGGACAAAAACCAG